CAGAAUCGGCAAGUUGAAAAUUAGGUAUAAUCAAUUAAGUAUUAUCCAGAUAUAUUUGGAUUAUGAUUUUUUGAAACAGAGUAUUUUGCAUGGUUUACUUAAAUGCUAUAUUUUGUUAAAAUUCUUAGUGUAUUACAAAGAAUCACGUUGAAAUCCCAACUAUGACAUUAUCUGGUAAUUUUAGUUUCUUCAUUAACUUGACUAUUAUUUUCAUAUUAAUUGCAAUUGUUAGUUCUCUUUAUGAAGAUCAAGUUGGAAAAUUUGAUUGGAGGCAGCAAUAUAUUGGUAAAGUGAAAUUUGCCUAUAUUGAUCCUGCCAUAGGUGGUUCACAGAAAUUUAUAGUUGCAACAGAGGAAAAUGUUUUGGCCUGUUUAAGCGUACGCACGGGUAGUAUUAUAUGGCGACAAGUUUUAGAAAAUGGAGACGCGGGUGUAAUUGAUGCUGUCUCUGAGAACGGUGAUUUGGUAACAGUUAGUGGUGGAGGACAAUUUAUUAGAAGUUGGGAUGCAAAUACAGGCGUUUUAUUAUGGGAAACUUCUUUUCCUAAUACACCCAAUAAUGCUGCUUUACUUUACUUUCAAGUUAACUCUUCAACUAAAGAAAUAAUUAGAAUUGAAAUGUUACCUAUGCAGCACACCAAAGUUUCUGUAUAUAGUUACACACGAGGAUCCUUAAAAACAUCGAAUAUAAUCUCUUCACCAUGGUAUGAUAAAUCUUCUAAUUGUAGUUUUAUUUCCAGUAACUAUUUUGUCUGCAUUGAGAGCAAUAAGAAGAGUUUACAGCUACUUUCUAUUAAAGAUAGUGGUGCCUUUAUACCUGUUACAUUAGGAAAUCUAGGUAUUGAAAUAACUCAAAAUCUAAAAGAAAUGAAAGCAGUGGCUUUGCCAUAUCAAGGAUCAUCAGACAAACCAUUAAUGGCUCUACAGCUUGAAGAUAGUGGAAUACUGUUACAAAUUCAUCCUCCAGGGAUAAAACUUGUUAAACUUUUACCUAGCAUAAGUAAAAUUACAUCAACUAUUAUAGAAGAUAAGUUAGUGAUGUUUACUUUGGUACAAUCUAGCAAUACUUACAAAAUAAAAGCUUUAGAUAUUGAAUCUAAAAAAGAAUUAGAAAAUUUAGAUGGAACAUUUUCUUUGUCAGAAGAGCAUGGGGACUUGGAACUAUUCUUUAUCCUUCCAUAUAUUAAAAAAGAUCAUGGUGUUAGCUAUAAGAUGUUGCUGUUAUUUGAAGACCAUUCAGUUCUUGUGAUUCAUCAACAGGGAAGAUUGGUGUGGACUCGUGAAGAGGCUUUAUCUAGUAUUGUAUCAUCGGAAAUAUUAGAUUUACCACUGUCAGAUACAGAUGCAAACAUUGAACAAGAAUUUGGACAACCUGAUGCCAAUCCUCUUACCAUGUUUUUGAACAGAUUAAAGUCCCAAGUUUAUUUAUUACAGUCAUAUUUAUUAAGUGUCCUUGUUGGUUUUAAAGGUGAUAGUGAUCAUGUUGGUAUAGAUAAGAAAAGUCUAACUCGUGAUACAUUUGGAUUGCACAAGAUAAUCGUUGUUAUUACCAAACCAGGAAAAGCAUUUGGAAUUGAUAACCUGUCUGGACUAAUUAUUUGGAGCCAUUUUGAAAAAAAUUUAUCUCCUUUUAGCUUGAAAGAGAAACUUUAUUUUCCAUUAUUUGUCCAAAGAACAACAGCUCAUUUUCCUUAUCCUCCUGUUUGCACUGCUGUGGGAAGGCAUGCUCAUUCUCAGCAAAGUCGCAUAUAUUCUUUUGAUCCUAUUACAGGUAUUACUAUAGAAUCAAAAGUUUUACCAUAUACUGUAAUACAGGUAAUGCCUGUUGGAACACUCAGCUAUUAUUUGAGAGAAAUUCUUUUAUUAGAUUCAGAUCUAAGAGUUCAUGUUUAUCCAGAAUCUCAUGAUAUAUCGAGACAUAAAAAUUCACAUUUUAUGUUCACAGCUGAACCUGAAUCUGGUACCUUGAUAGGUUACUCCCUUACUGCAGAUCAAACUAAUAGUCUGAAAGCUGUUGAAGCAUGGAAAAUGAAAUUACCCCAGCCAAUUAUUAAUGUAGCUACUAAGAGGCCUUCAGAGCAUGUGCAUUCGCAAGGAAGAGUCAUGGGUGAUAGAAGUGUUUUGUAUAAAUAUUUAAAUCCAAAUUUGGCUGCUGUUUUUACUGAAGGCAAUGACUCAAUUCAAAAGACUUUCUGCAACCUUUAUCUCAUUGAUAUUGUUACUGGUCUUGUUGUUUACUCGGCAUCACACAAAAGAUGCAAGAGUCCUAUACAUGUUGUUCAUUCAGAAAACUGGAUUAUUUACAGUUAUCACAAUGAUAAGUCUAGAAGAAUUGAAAUCUCAUCAAUUGAAUUAUUUGAAGGAAAAUAUCAAAGUAAUACGACAGCAUUCUCUUCAUUUGCACCACCUCCUUUACCUCUUGUAGAGCAUCAAACAUUUAUAUUCCCAUCAACUAUUGUGACAAUGGCAGAUACAGUUACAGAAAGAGGGAUGACCAACAAGCAUCUUUUAAUGGCAUUACCUUCUGGUGGAAUUUUGGAACUGCCUAAAACUUUCUUGGAUCCAAGACGUCCUAUUACACCUUUGCCAGAACAUCGAGAAGAAGGUCUCAUUCCUUACAUUCCAGAACUUCCUAUCUUGACUGAAGGUAUCAUAAAUUAUAAUCAAAGUGUUUCAAGAGUUCGAGACAUAGUCACUGCACCUUCUGGCCUAGAAUCAACUUGUUUAGUUUUUGUUCAUGGACUUGAUUUAUUUUAUACUCGAGUGACUCCAUCAAAAACAUUUGACAUUCUUAAAGAUGACUUUGAUCAUUAUUUAAUUAGUGUAGUGCUAUUAGGAUUGGUAGCCUUGUCAUAUACUACAAAAAGAUUAGCAGCUCGCAAAACACUCAGAGCUGCAUGGAAAUAAUGAAAUACUGGACAGAUACAUCAUAUACUAUGCAAAGAAAAACUGUAAUAUAAAUGCUGGAAAUAUUACCAUAGCAUGUUUAUAAAAAUCAUUGUUAUAUUAUUUAUUUUGAAAUUGCAUCUGAUGUAAAUUGAUAUUUAUCCUAAAUUAUGAUUUUUUUUUUAAAUUUUGUAUUUAUACUUUUGGUUGUGUUUUUUUAAUCAUUGUUUUCUUGUAUGUAUUUUAUCUAUUAGCAAAAGAGUGCAUGCAGUAUUGAUAAUUUAGUGAUUUUACAUUGUCUUUCAAUGAUACUUUGAACAAAGUAACUUCAUAAAGUAUUUUGAAUUUUUUCAAAGAGUGUAUCUUUUUCUCUUAAAAUAUAACAAAUAUUAAUUCCGUUAUUUUCUGUCUAUUAUCCA